CAAAAAUAUUUUGUUGUCGAAACAAGUUUUCAUCGGUGCCACGCAUCGAACAAAGAAACUUCUUGUGAAAGUUUCCGUGGUGCACGAUAAAGUGUUCUCUGGUAGCGGAUACGCGCUCUUGUGGAUGAUCGCGACCAAAGUUAGUGUACUUUCGAUGUGAUCCCGCCUUUCGACCACCAACAGAAAACGAUAUAUCGAGGAUGGGACGAGAGAUUCUCCUAUCCCUUUUGGGAAUCCUCGUCGUGGGCGCAGAAGGAUUGAAGUGCGGGCAUCCGGCUGUACCGAUGAAUGCCAAGGUGUCAUUGUCCGACGAAUCCUUAGCAACAGGCACUUUGGCGACGUACACUUGCGACGCCGGAUACGAAUUGUUCGGCAGUGGCAGCUUAACGUGCAACGCUCGAGGAAAAUGGCAAGGGGAUCUACCAUUUUGCGGCACAAACGUCGCCUUUCGCAAACCGACGAAUCAAUCGACGACCGUGAGAGGUGGAGAUGCUAGCCAUGGAAAUGACGGAGACUCGAGUACCGAACACGACGGGAAGAGAUGCACCGAGACGCAAAGCGAGCCUAGCCCUUGGUGGAAGGUCGACCUUCUCAAGUCGUAUUCGGUAAAAGUCGUCAGGGUAACGACCAGAGGUUGCUGCGGCCAUCAACCUCUUCAGGACAUCGAAAUACGCGUUGGUAACAGUAGCGUAGAAUUGCAGCGUAAUCCUUUGUGCGCCUGGUUUCCUGGCACGAUCGAGGAAGGGAUCACGAAGACAUUUGUAUGCGCCAGAGCUCUCUUCGGGCAGUAUGUGUUCUUGCAAUUGGUCGGAGUGGAAGGAAGUUUGAGUCUGUGCGAGGUGGAAGUGUUUGCCGUGGAUGAGUUCUCAACAGACAGGUGUGCCUACAGUGGAACACCGGCUGACGCAGACUUGGCCGCUUUCAAUUCCACCUGUUACGAGUUUAUCGUGAAAAAGGGAGGCUCUUUCCAAGAGGCCAGGAAUUAUUGCCGCACAAGAGGCGGCGAUCUCGUUCAUGGAUUCAAGGGUUCUGCUUCGGUAUACAUACUGAACAACCUCGAGAGGCGGAAAGACAAACUGAAGACACAGCUGGUCUGGAUAGGUGCUCAGAAGGAACCUCUAAUAACGGCACGAACGUGGCGAUGGGUUGACGGUGAAAUUGUGCAGAAACCUUCCUGGGGAAAGGAUCAACCAAAUAAUUACAACGGGGAACAAAAUUGUGUAGUGUUAGACGGAGGUCGUAGCUGGCUAUGGAACGAUGUCGGCUGUAACCUUGACUACUUGCAUUGGAUAUGUCAAAGCAGACCACCUACUUGCGGUAGUCCGGAAAAGUCCGAGAACACAACGAUUACGGGCACUAAACGAACCAUAGGAUCUACGAUAGAUUACGUUUGCCCCGAUGGAUACAUGUUAAUAGGUUCAAAAAGCAGAACGUGCGAGCCAAGCGGAUUUUGGAGUGGUGAAGCUGCCACGUGCAAGUUCGUCGAUUGCGGUUCUCUGCCUGAGCUGGAGAACGGUAUGAUCACGCUGGUCGAUAAAAGAACAACUCACGGCGCGUUAGCUGAUUACGCGUGUAAAGAAAACUACACGUUGCUGGGUGAUGCUAGGCGUAGAUGCGGAGACGGUGGUAUUUGGAGUGGACACCAACCUCAGUGUUUAUUUGACUGGUGCCCGGAACCACCGCAAAUUAACGGCGGAGUUGUAACAACGACUGGGAGAAGAGCUGGCUCGACAGCCACUUACUCUUGUCAAAAUGGUUUCAUUUUAUUCGGAGAUAACGUUCUUACGUGUGAUGUUGGCGGAGAAUGGUCCGGUAAAGCGCCCCAAUGCCGAUUCGUCGAUUGUGGAGCACCGGCACAAAUUGAAUUCGGUUCCGUGACCCUAAUUAAUGGCACCACCACGGUUAAAAGUUUGACUGUGUAUACGUGUUUGGAAGAUUACUGGCUGAUUGGCGAGGCGAAACAAGAGUGCACUAAAGAAGGGAAAUGGAGUCACAAUACGCCAUCCUGUGAAUUAAUCACUUGCGAAGAGCCCGAGGUACCAGCAGGAAGCUACGUCGUUGGAUACGACUUGAACGUUCAUAGCGCUAUUGAGUACCACUGCGAGCCAGGAUAUUUACUUCAAGGCGAAACCAGACAUACUUGUGGCAGAGACGGUGAAUGGUCAGGAGAAGUGCCGACCUGCGAGUACGUAGAUUGCGGGAAAGUUUUGCCUGUCUUGAAUGGUGCUGCAGAAUACGUGAAUGGAACAACACAUCUCGGAAGUGAAAUCACCUACAGUUGCACGAGAAACUACAGAUUAAAUGGAGUGUCGAGAAGAUAUUGUUUAGACAAUGGUCAAUGGAGUGACGCGACACCAAAGUGUGAAGAGAUUCGAUGUCAAGAACCUAUCUAUGCAGAGCACGGAAUUCUUUCAGUAACCGGCAAUGAUCGAAUGUACGGCAGAACUCUAAUUCGUACCGGAACUCCAGAGAAUUCUAACACUGGUGCGACUUCUUACAAGAUCGGUGCACUUGCAAAGUACCGCUGCGAGAGGGGAUACAAGGUUGUUGGAGAACCUCUGUCCACUUGCGAAGAAAAUGGAAAAUGGAGCGGCGAAGUUCCGCGAUGUGUCUAUGUCGAUUGUAGUAAGCCAGAACACAUACAACACGGAAGAUAUACUUUAACGUCGAAUGCAACUUAUUAUGGAGCAGCUGCGCUUUACGAGUGCGACGGCAAUUUUGAAUUGGAUGGCUUUGCUAGAAGAUUAUGCCUUGAAAACGGCACUUGGAGCAGUGACACUCCGGUUUGUAAAGAAAUUAGGUGCAAAGACCCUGAAAAAGAAGGAGUGUUAUCUACGCAAGUUUCGACUCACAGCGUGGGUGGUGUGGCUCACUAUAGCUGCCCGCGUGGGUUCUAUAUGGAAGGAAACGAAACCAGAGUAUGCUUACAGAACGGAUCCUGGAGCGGAAGUACACCCGCUUGUUUCUCGGUUGAUUGCAAACAUCCAGAGCCUAUAGAAAAUGGAAGAGUGAUAGUGGUAAAUGGAACUACUACCUAUGGUGGAACCGCAGAAUAUCAUUGUUUACCGCAAUACGAAAGAGUGGGACCGUUUUUAAGGAAAUGCUUAGAUACCGGCACAUGGAGUGGAGAAGAACCUAAAUGUGAAUUUAUGCCAAACGAAGUAGCUGAAGCCCAGGGUGUGGGUACUAGUGUUGGCAUUGGAGCUGGAGUUAUUAUAUUUAUAUUAAUCAUUCUCGGACUUGUUUACCUAAGACUGAGGAAAGCUACGCCGGUAAAAAAUACCGAGAAUGUGCAAGCAGCUGAAAGGAAAGAAGAUCAAAACGCUGCUGUUAUGUCUUACGCCACUCUUAAUGAUGGCACACCUAACACUAUGUACGAAAACGUUCCAGAGGAUGGUCUUUACGAUAGUCCUUACAGCUUAAGUGGCAGUACCUACGGAUACGGCACCAACAUGAGAAGACAUUACGGUAGAUCAGGACACUAUGAGGCGGAACCAGUGUCAAAUAGAAACGGCAUUACGAUUAAUGGAGUAUCUGUACGAUAGUUUAAAAUACGAUUAGAACCGU